AUGAUCAAGGUGCUGGAGAAAAGUACUGGCUUCGAGGCCCCUCUGGCAAGGACUUGGCUGUGCGAUGAAACAACAGUGGUGGAGCACCAUCCGCGACUAUUCCGUUUGAAAGUGUCACUUUCCGCUCAGUGCUUCUAUUCAUUUGUGGAGCCGGAAAAACAGAAUGGUCCCUUCUUAUUUGUUGCCAUUGGUGCUUUGCAGUGUGCACUUUACCGCUCAGCUCCACUCUUCCCACUACACUACAAAUAUUGGCUUGUCAAACCAACGCGCGAUACAAUCAUUGAUACGGACUACUACGAGGGUGAAAAGUAUGUGACUUCUGAAGGGACGAGCUUCGCUAUGGUUUUUUUCUCGUCUCAACAUGAGACGAGCGACAAUGAAGAGGAAUCAGCUUACGAAUAUGAUGAAUUUCCCCCUUCAAGGGUAACAACGGAAAAUGAAGUGCACAAGGUGCACGGUGUCAUGUCUGGAGAGCUAUUUUUCUUUCUCGAUAAAAGUAACCUACGGGCUGCGAGAGCUAGCCAGAGUACACUUAGUAUCUCCGGGUUCACUACUAUAUCACCAUCUUCUAGGUCAGGUCCAGGAACGGUGGAAGAAGUGGCGACCGUCAUUGCACAGGCGAAGGAAGCGUUGCCACUCAGUUCCAAAGAGUCCUUGAACCUAUUGCUCAGCCCACUCGGAGUGGACAACCGAUGCGAAGCUGCGAAAAAGUGA